AUGGCUCAGAACGACAACGACAGUUUUGAUCAUGACCCUAUUCUGGAGUUUAGACCCGCCUUCGUCCAGUCGUUACCAGUUCAGAUCCUCUUGACAGGCGUGGUCCUCACGCUUGUCGUCGUUUUGCUUCUUCACCUGCUCUUCACCGCUCAGUAUCACUGGCCCUUAGCUCGUGUCAACUAUAUGCUGCAGCUCACGGGGGUGGUGACUUUGCUUGCUUCCGUCACCGCUACUAUCUAUGUUGUGUUCUCCUCCAAUGUAGAGGAGAGCCAGCACUGGCCAUACAUGCUGAGCUAUCUGGCUGUGGACAUGCCAAAGUUUGGCACCAAUGUGUCGGUGAAUACCACUGAUCCUACUGUGGUAUAUGCGCACCGAUGGUCACUUGCCGAAGGCGCCACGUGGACCGUAAUGAAUGCGACUACAUCUAUGGUCAUACAGAUUACCCAUAUUCAUUUUUUGACCUUGCUAUUUCCCUCAAACCUGGAAGCAAGACUCAUUUUUGGCCUACUUGGUCCACUGGCAAUCAUCUCCGCUGUAAUGCAACUGCUCCCGAUCAUCUAUGGGACGAACUCGGUACCACUCGCGGAGGACACCCGGAACGUGUGCAAUGCAGCCUUGUCAUUGUUGUUCACUUCUGCGCUAAUAAUUUGGGGCUUUUUUGUUAAUCGGGAGGCGGCAUGGCGCACCGAUGGCGGGACAGCAGCCUUCGGUGCUGGCGCAAUCGUUCUCGCUCUCAUGUCGACCACGCUCAAUUUCAUCUACAUACCGAGUCAAGAUCAGUAUGGAUGGAUGCCAAAACUGAUGUGGAGCGUGGUCAUGUGGCAAAGUUUCCUUGGAUGGUGGUGGUGGGUUGGUUCUGGGAUGGGCGUCGGAGAGGUAGAAGAGAUGCUAAUGAAGGAGGAGAAACGAGAAAGAAAGAGGAAACUGAAAGCACAGAAGAGGAAGGAGCAACGGGAGAAGGCCAGGUCCAUGUGGAAGGGUGUCACCGGUGCUUUCACAACGAAACGCAACCACCUUGAUAGCCGAGAUUCCAGUGAGGGGCACGAAGGACCCGACAACUCUGAAUCGCUGAAUGUUCUCGCUUCUGGCAAUGCUCUGUCGACUGCAGGUUCGAUGACAAAUGGGUCGUCAGCGGGCAUGCUCCCGCUACAAAUCGUAAACAGAUGGUAUGCACGCUUGCGCCAUGCACAUCUUACCGCUGCAAGAUUACAAGCUGUUGAGCGCGUGGAGCGCAUACAUCAAGUAUUUGGCCGUGAAGAUGCCCGAAAUUCGAUGCGGGAACCUGGUGCCCAGGUCGUCGGAUGGGGACUGGGGAGUUAUGGAAUACGGGGCGUAGAGCGGGAUCGGAGGGAAGGACAAGGGCUGCAGAUAAGGAUGGAAGUGGACGACGAUAUAAUUAAUCCAGGCGAAACCGAACAACCAGAAUUACUGCAGCACGACCAGUCCUUUCGGCGGCGUGGCUACCAACCUGAACCUCAGCCGCCGCAACAGGCUCCACCGGCGCCAGAGGCAGACCUUGGAUUUGGAUGGACAUCAUUCUGGUGGUGGGGUCCUCUUCGGCGGUGGCGUUUACGGGACACGACGGCUUACAGGUGA